AUGUCUGAAAUUUAAUAACAAAUGCCACAUAGUUCUAAAUUAGAUUAAGAAUCAGCCACUAAUGCUAAAAAUCACUUAUUGUUAGUUAAUUAAAAGAAUGUUACAGAGUUAUCUAAUGAAUUACUAUAAAGCUACAAGCAUGAGAUUGAUCAAUUAAAAUAGGAGUUACAUCUCAUGAAACAAAGAAUAACAAAUAACAAUGAAGAAAUUAAGAAUACAACUUAACCAACUCUAGAUGCUAUGUUAAGAGAUAUGAGAUAAGCUAUUAAUACUCAAAAAGAUGAGAACUCUAAAUUGCAAAGCUAAAUUACAGAAUUAAAAAAAGAAAAAAGUCAAAUCUAGUAAUUGAUAAUUGCAGCAACAUAAAAGGUAGCAGAACUUGAACAUUAAGUUGGAAAUUAUACAUCUGCUUGA